UGGGUUGUGCUAGCUCAUAAUGGCUGUCGAUGUCUGCCUUUGCUUGCAGAGGACGAAGAAAAAAGGAUAUCAAAUGUGACGAAAAAAAGUAGGCGGAGGGCUUGGUACAAAUUGAGCCCUCUUGCCAUUGGAAAAAAAAAAAAAAAAAUUAACAAAAAAAAAUUUGCCAAUCCUUCUCCAUCGCUUCCCUUCUACCUCAAAAAAUUUUCCGCCUAUUUUUUUUACGCUGGGGAAUAACCUUUCCACCGCGACGAUGAAGCUCAUUCAGACCUCUAUCUUCCUCUCUAUCUUCAUGCUGCUGACGCAGUCUAUUGCUAUCCCCGUGCCUGACCCGGUUCCCGCUCCGAAGGAUGGCGACGUUGCUUUGGCGGAGAGAAGAUUCCCGAAGCUGCCAGGGUUCGGAUUGCCAAAGGAACUUUGCCCGCAGCCCCCUCCGCAGCCCCCUGUCCAGCAAACGAAUCAGUGCUCCACCGGUGUCCCGUACUGCUGCAGCACUGAAGGAGGGUCCCACAACUGUGUGAACUCCCACGUCGAAUGCACGCAAACCGUUAUUUGUUGCAACAACAACUUCGGGUUCCAAGUGUGCAUGGGUGACAUCGACUUCAACAUGCCGAUCAACAUCGAGAUUAACCUUUAAGCUGUUUCUCAGUAGCACACACACACGCUCAGUGCGUGUGGUCUGUGCGUCGAGAUCCGAAGAUGGGAGGGAAUUGCUGAGAGUUGGUUCAAGAAAUACUGAACGGAUGCUAGGGGAAUGGGUGAUAGCUUCGUUCAGAUUUCGACUUCCUUGGGCCUGGCUGUUGGUGUAGCUUUCGCGGAGAUUUUAUUAUUUAUAUAAUCUUGCAUCGGUAGGAUGGAUAACCUCAUCAGCGCCGAAAAAGGUUUCCUUUGUUUUUCAAUCCGAUUUGGUUGUUUAGUUUCCAAGGUCCCCAACUCUCUUUACCAUUUUGCGUUCUUCUUUCGGUCUGUAAUAGAAGACUCGUUCUUUUUUGGACCUUCUCCCGCUCUCACCCCCCCAGAGAUUCUUUCACUUCUUCCUCAUAUGUCUCAUCAGUUAGCCAUUCCUGUCAAUUUUCGAGAGGCAAAUGAGAAUCACUUUCUCCCCGAAAUUUGUUCCAUGGCAUUUCAAAUUCCGUCAGAAAAUAUUUCUCAGCUAGUCGGAGGGGGAAGAUCAUUCAUUUUGCAGAUUUCCCUUCACACAUCGUGAUUCAAAUGCCAUUUCGACGUCUGCGGUUGUCUCAAACCGCUAUCCCCAGUUUCUAUUCGUCCCAGAAACCAGAAAUGUGCGCAUGAGCAUCAGUAGAGCGGCCCUGAAUAGUGCAAAUCAAUCCCUAUAAAAAUGCGUAAAAACAAAACUGCCUUC